CGAAGAUGCCAUGCUGCAUUGGAUGUCUCAGGUAUAACUCAGUAGCGCCCCGUGGUGGAUGAACUCGAGCUUGCAUUCUCAGAUUCAGAAGGGCAGAGAUCGUCACUGCACAUCGCCCGUGUUGUGUAACUUUGUAACUGGGAAGCUGAAUUUAAUGCAUAUCCGUGCAUAUCACAUUUAAAAAUGGCAACACGCUGGGGAAUAUGCAGUGCGGGCAAAAUAAGUCACGACUUCUCCGUUGCUUUACGGACCCUGGCUCCCAAAGACCACGAGAUCGUGGCUGUUGCUGCAAGGAACCUGCAGCAUGCUGAAGAAUUUGCCAAAAAGCACAGCAUCCCUCGAGCAUAUGGAAGUUAUGACGAGCUGGCAAAAGAUCCAGACAUUGAUGUAGUGUAUAUUGGCACCAUCCAUCCUCACCACCUUACCACUGGCAAGCUCUUUAUGAAGGCUAAAAAGAAUGUGCUGAUUGAGAAGCCUCUUGCCAUGAACUUAAGGGAGGUGAAGGAACUCAUCUCUGCAGCCCAAGACAACAGUGUCUUUCUCAUGGAGGCAAUAUGGACACGUUUUUUUCCAGUAUCCUGUGAAGUGAGGAGACUGCUGGCCCAGGGUGAAGUGGGUGAUGUUCAGUUGGUGAGGGCUGAUCUGGGUGCUCCACUCACUCACAUCCCCCGCUUGGCUGAGAGGGAGUUAGGAGGGGGGGCACUGCUUGACCUGGGCAUCUACUGUCUACAGUUUGUCCUAAUGGUUUAUAAUGGAGAGAGGCCUGAGUCUAUCCAAGCCACAGGACACUGCAUAGACACAGGUGUAGAUGGAACUGCAGUUUUAGCCUUGAAGUUUUCAGGAAACAGACUAGCCAUUUGCACUUGUUCCAUCACCAUGAAGCUGACCUGUGAUGCCGUCAUCAUUGGGACCAAAGGCAACAUAAAGGUACCAGACCACAUGUGGUGCCCAACAAUCUUUGAGGUGAAUGGGAAGGAUAUGCAGUUCCCCCUUCCAGAGGCUGCCAUGCCAUUAAACUUCACCAACAGCACAGGGCUACGAUAUGAAGCCGAGGAGGUUCGCCAGUGUCUACUGAAAGGACUGAAGGAGAGUCCGGGAAUGCCAUGGGCUCACUCCAGCCUAAUAGUAGAAAUUAUAGAUGAGGCCAGAAGACAACUGGGAGUGACAUUUGACCAGGACAACGCCUAGUGAUGUCCUCUUAGUCACUACGGGAAAGCUUAAAAAAUCACUUUGUUCAAUUGAAAAAAGAUCAUAGUAAUUUAUCACAGUGAACCAAAACCCUGAAAUAUAUAUUAUGAUGUUAAUUAAACAUAUAUUUUAUCAUCAAUCUGUGCUUGCCUCUACUUAGUAAAAUCUCAAAAUGCUCCCUUUAAAAAAACAGCCUUAGAUUAUAAAAGUGACCUUUUUUCUCAUGUUUUGUACAGAUUUUGUUUCUUUGUACAAUAAAGUGAAGUGACUAUC